AUGUGUGAAUUUCCACUGUACUUAAACGAUACAGAUGAGGACGUCGUUGGCAUGCUGAAAAACCUGUCCUUGUCACGCCACGGUACACUUGGAUUGUGUCAGUACUGCAACCAGUAUAUGCUCUGUGGAGAACAUCUGAAGGAGACACUCACCGAGGAGGGUUUCUGUUACACCUUCAACAUGAUGCCGGAAGAGGACAUCUUUCGCAAAAGCUCACUCCAAACGGAUUAUACAUACACGGAGAGCUGGUUCCCUUUCUCGGAACAUGAAACACUGACCCCACUGUACGCACGAGGUGCAGGUCUGCAUGCCGGGCUCGCAUUGUUCCUGCGACAAAUCAAGGAAGAUGUGGACUACAAGUGCACGGGAUUCUCGCAAGGAUACAAGCUUAUGAUUCAUGACCCGGGCGAGUACCCACAGGUGUCGAUGCGAAAUAUGCGCAUACCCUUUGGUCACGAGAUCUCGAUCGCGUUGAAGCCUCAAAUGAUGAUCACUUCCCAAUCGGCCGCCGAUUUUAGCUGGGAGAAGCGUCAGUGCUUCUUCAAUCACGAGCGUCACCAUCGAUACUUUAAGAUCUACAACCAGGAAAACUGCGAACUAGAAUGCUUGACCAACGUGACGCAGGUAAUGUGUGGGUGUGUUCGUUUUUCAAUGCCACGAUCAAACGACACGAAAGUUUGCCCCUUGUCGAUGUUUCACUGCAUGACCGAUGUCAAAUGGAUUGUGUAUGACAUUGACGAUCCUGAUCGUCCAGUCAACGAAAACAUCACGGCAAUGGUCAACAAAUGUAACUGCUUGCCAGCAUGCAGCUCGAUAUCUUACGAUGUGGAAACUACGCAAACCACGCUCGAUCUAGAAAAGUUUAUGCGCGUAAACCAUGAGUAUGACAGAUCGGACAAGUUUUACAUCACAACGAUAGCGAUCUACUUCAAGGAGUCGUACUUCAUCACCUCGAAACGAUCGGAGCUGUACGGAUGGGUUGACUUUCUUGCAAACUGUGGUGGACUAUUAGGCCUUUUCAUGGGUGUUAGCAUAUUGAGUCUAUUGGAGAUAUGUUACUUCUUUACGAUUCGACCAUUUUCGGUUAGAAGUAGAAUAGCCAGUGCUGAAAAGCGCAAAUCGAACGAAGUCCUGAAUGUCAUGCUUCCCGUCAUCACCAAGCGUGAAUAG